GUCUUUGCCACUACCCCUGCUGGAAUUUCAAUUCAGCGUGCAGGUAAAGAGACCACAGAGAAGCUGAAUGUUCGAAAUGGAGUUUGUAGAAUGAUUUCUUUGGUUGGAACAGGGAGAAGCAGAAAACGAGACAAAUGCCAGAAUACAGUAGUGUAUCCUCAAGUUGAAACAGAAGCAUGUCCCUGUGAAACGUUUAUCACCCAGCCCCAUGGAAAUUGGUCCGAUUGCAUUAUUGCAGAAGGAAAAACAGAGCUGCAAUUAGGAACGAGAUUCCAGGGAGAGACCAAAGAAUGUGGAGAAGGUGUGCGACUCCGAGCUAUUGCCUGUUAUGAUAAGACUGGCAAACUUGUGGAACCAUCCUACUGUAGCAGUUCUGGAUACAUUGAAGAAUCUUGUGUAAUUCCUUGUCCAUUUGAUUGCAAACUAAGUGACUGGUCUAGUUGGGCCACUUGUAGUUCUUCUUGUGGAACUGGAAUGAAAAUUCGAUCCAAGUGGCUUAAAGAAAAGCCUUACAAUGGAGGUCGUCCAUGCCCAACACUGGAUCUGAAGAAUCAGGCUCAGGUGUAUGAGGCAGUCCCAUGUUACACUGAGUGCAAUCAGUAUUCCUGGGUAGUAGAACCAUGGUCUCCAUGCAAAAUCAACAGCGAACAAAAUUCCCUCCACUGUGGAGACGGAAUACAAACUAGAAAAAUCAGAUGUGUAAAUACUGCUGAGGAUGGUGAAGGUGAGACUGUGCCCAUUACGCUGUGUGAUCAGUCUGAAAUCCCUAAUGAAGCCCAAAAGUGUAAUCUUUACUGCCCUAAUGAGUGUGUAAUGUCUGUCUGGGGACAAUGGAGCCAGUGUCCACAGGUAUGUGACCCCAAUAUUAUGCAAACACGGACUCGACAUGUGUUAAGAUCUCCUUUAAAUACCAGGACUUGUCCUAAAGAUUCACAAAUGCAACCUUGUGUUCUCAAUCAAAAUUGCUUUCAAUAUCAGUACAAUCUAACAGAUUGGAGUACAUGUCAGCUAAGUGAAAAUGCAACCUGUGGACAAGGGAUUCAGAGACGCCUUUUGAGCUGUACGCGCAGUGAUGGAAAAUCGCUGAAUAUGAACUACUGUGAGCAGUUAAACUUGGAAAAACCUGAAAAAUUGAGCAUUCAUUGCCUUGUGGAAUGUGCUGUGAACUGUCAGCUUUCCAAAUGGUCAGCCUGGUCAGAAUGUUCAAACACUUGCGGCAUUGGAGGCCAGAUGAUACGUACUCGGUCCAUAAUUAUGCAGGCACAAGGAGAAGGAAGGCUGUGCCCUACACAGCUCACCCAGUACAGAAACUGUCCUGUAAAGCCAUGCUACACUUGGAUUCUCGGGGCGUGGUCACCAUGCAAAGUAGAGGGGGGACAAUGCGGUGAAGGAUUCCAAAUCCGUAACCUCACGUGUAUGGUUCACGAUGCCUCUAUGUCUGUUCCAUCCAAGCAAGUAGAAAAUGCAUUGUGUGGAGAGCUGCCAUCAAAAGACAAUGCACUACAAUUACCAUGUUCUGUGCCUUGCCCAGGUGAUUGCCAUUUGACAGGAUGGUCAGAGUGGAGCUCAUGUGAGCUAACGUGUAUUGAUGGCAGGAGCUUUGAGACCACUGGUCGCCAGUCUCGAUCAAGAACAUUUAUCAUUCAGUCUUUUGAAAACCGAGACAGCUGUCCUGAGCAAGUCUUGGAGACACGGCCUUGUUCAGGAGGGAAAUGUUAUAACUAUGCAUGGAAAACCAGCCUUUGGAGAGAUAAUGAACGUACAGUCUGGUGCCAGCGUUCAGAUGGGGUAAAUGUCACAGGAGGUUGUUCUGUUCACACCCAGCCUGCUGAAACCAGACACUGCAAUCCAAAGUGCAAAAAACCAUUCACCUACUGUACCCAGAGUGGAGUCUGCAGUUGUGAGAGAGGAUAUACAGAAAUAAUGAGAUCAAAUGGUUUCCUGGAUUACUGCAUGAAGGUACCAGGUUUGGAAGAUAAGAAAGCGGAUGUUAAAACCAGUGCUGGAAAGAAUAAACCUGUCAACUCAAAAAUGCAUGACAUUUUCAAAGGAUGGUCUAUUCAGCCUUUUAAUCCAGAUGGUAGACUUAAGAUUUGGGUGUAUGGAGUAUCAGCUGGUGGUUUUCUCAUCAUACUUUUCCUGAUUUUUACAUCAUAUCUUGUUUGCAAAAAACCAAAACAGCAUCAAAGUACUCCUCCACAACAGAAGCCUCUGACCUUCGCAUAUGAUGGAGACAUGGACAUGUAACAUAAAAGAAAUCCAAACGUAUACUUCAACUGCCUUAACUGCUUACUCUUUUAUAACUUUCAGAUUCCUCGGUUUUUUGAGGAAUCUCUUGACGUGUAAUAUACCGGACAGAAUAUAAAUAUUGCAAAUGUGGAAUUUUGCCUCUGGUUUAUUUAAAAAAUUGAGUCAAAGACCUUUAGAUCUUGUGAAAAAUUUUCCAAAUUUUUUCUUGUGAAAAUGCAUCUCUUCCUGUUUGACAAUAGGAACAAAAAAAUUACGAUUUUUUUAAUAACAUUUACUUUAAAAAAAAAAAGCAUGACAAUCCUACGGCAAAUGUGACAUUCAAUGUAAAUGACAAAUUUGACACUUCAUCAUUAUGCACUAUAUUAGUGCAGAGUUCCUUAUUCUGCACAUAUUUCAACAAUGAGUUUUCUAGUGUUUACGUUUAGUUCGAAAGACUUUGAAGCUGGAUUGUGUAUUUUAAGAAUGCAAAAAAAAAGGUGAUGAAAUAAUUGGAAUUCUCUGGGUUUUUAAAAUUCAUGGUUUCUUAUGCUGUUUUCUAGCCUGGAAUAUGAUUUUGCUGCAUUUCCAUCAAUAGGACAGAAUAAGGAUUGUUUAAAUUUACAGCACCAGAAGUGAUACAGGUGGUUUCUUACUGAAUAUGUUUUUUAAAGAGAUGAGUAAAUAGAUGUUUUGAUGAAUGGAUAGAGAAUUUGAUUGUUUACAAAUGUAUUUUAAAUUAGAUCAAACCAUGUAGAUACAUUUUGGCCAUUUUAAAUUAUAAUUCAGUUUAAUUACUACAAACUCUGCUUUUGUAAUUUAAAUUUUCUUAUCUGAAAUAUUUAUAAAUUCUUUUUUGAAUUUAAUUAUCUGACCUCAUCUAAUAUACAUCUGACACAACUACUGUUUGUAGAAGGUCUUGCUUUUUUAAAAUGUUUGAAAAAUACCGAAAAGUUACCAUUGUAAACAUCUUGGGAACAUUUGAAGAAAAGUGUUUGUAAUAGUAUGUGUCGCAAGUAAGAAAGUGCCAUCUUGUGGUAUUGAUGUGUAUUUAUAAGCAAAUAAAAUGUUAAAGA